AUGUCGGCCGUCGCCGUCGCACCCAUCGUCGCGCCCCGAACGGCAUAUCGCGCGGUGAGCUCACGCCCGGCGCGUGGCGCGCGGUGGGGUCGCGUCGGGCCGCCGGCGCGCCGCGCGUUCUCAUCCCCCGUCGACGCCCCCGGCGGCGGUGCGUCCACUUCGCCCGCGCCGCCCGCGGUGCCCCCGCCGCGCGGCGAGGGAUCCGCCGCCGCCGCGCUGCAAGCUGCCGACUCGUGGCGCGACGUCCUCGCCGCGUCCACGCUCGUCGUGUUACCCGACGAGGAGUCCGUGGCGUGGCAGCGGCAACGGAUCCACCGGAAGCGACGAGCGGGAGGGGCGGCGAGGGCGCUCGGGAGGAUCGCGCGGUGGCUCGCGGCGCGCGAUAAGCUCGGCGCGGGCGGCGAGAGGGAGCAGUGCGUGAACGACGCGCGGUUUGCGAGGCUCGUCGCCGCGGCGGCCGCGCCGACGACGGAGGGAGGUGCAGGCGGCGGCGGCGCGCGCGUCGACGACGACGACGAAGAAGAAGAAGAAGAAUCCGUCCGUCGUCAUCAUCCCUCUCCCCCAUCCUCCUCGCUCACCGCGGAGGAGAGGGCCGGGGACGUCGCGGACGCGCUCGAGGCCCUCCGCGCGCUCGGCUCGCUCGCGCCGCUCCCGUGGGUGGACGAACGCCAUCCGGGAGAUCCCGUCGCCAUGCGUCCUCACGUGUCGCGGCUCAUCCAAAUCGUCGCCUCGGCUAAUCACAUCGCGCCGCACGACGCCACCCCCGCGGCGUGGGCGUGCGACAGGCUCGGUCUGUUCGGCUCGACGAGCGAAACGAACGAAACGAACGGGUGGGACGCCGCGACGAGACGCGCGGGCGACGUCAUCAAACGCCCGGCGGAGGGUCUGCCGUUCAAAAUACUUCCCGACCUCGCGACCUCCUCCGGGACGCCGCGCGGGGAAUUUGGCGAUUCGGGGAUUUCGGAUUUGGAUUUUUUGGAUUUGGAUUUCUCGCUCACCGUCGAGGCGCUCGCGGCGGAGGUUCCGUUCAGGGCCGAGAAGCUCGUCACGCGCGACGGCAAGCGCGUGGACGAGCGCCGCGAGACGUGCUGGAUGGCCGAGGACGGCAUCGGCGGCCUCGCGUACAGCGGCAAGGUGAUGUCGCCGGCGCCGUUCACGCCGACUGUGCGAAAAUUAAGGGACGCGAUCGAGGCUUCGACGGGGGAGCGCUUCGACUGCGCUUUACUGAACCUGUACCCCGGGGGCGACGUGGCGUGCAAGUACCACAGGGACCCCGACCUCGGUUUGUUGUGGGCGAGGGAUUCCAUCAUCGUCAGCGUCGGCGAGACGCGACGUUUCGCGUUUCGGGAGCUGGGAAAGAAGGAGGACGAGGCGCACUGGUUCCGAUUGCGAUCGGGCGAUUGCGUCUGGAUGUUCGCCAACUGCAACGACGACUGGGAGCACUGCGUGAUGCGAGCGGAGGGGGCGGCGGGGGAGAACGACGGCCCAAGGGCGAGCGUGGUGUUCAAACGCGCGCUCACGGGCCGGGGGGGGCGGAGAGGGCACGGGAUGGUCGGCGAAGGAAGACGAGCCGGACGGAAAAAGAAUUCCGGGCCCGCUCGUGGGUCAGCCUCGGGGCCUGACCCCAUCGGAGUGAAGAGCGGGGGGACGGGCCGGGGAGGACGGGGAGGCGCGGCGCGGCGGAGAGGACGGGGAGGCGCCGGGCGAGGCGGCGGGGGACGACGCGGCGGCUGAUAG